AGACCCGGCUUCUGGAGGGGUGAGAGGGGUUCGGUGCUGAGGGGAAGGGGACAGUUGAGGGCCCAGGACCAUGGCCAACAGCGAGCGUACCUUCAUUGCUAUCAAGCCUGAUGGGGUCCAGCGGGGGCUCGUGGGAGAGAUCAUCAAGCGUUUCGAACAGAAGGGAUUCCGUCUUGUUGGUUUGAAAUUUAUGCAGGCUUCAGAGGACCUUCUCAAGGAGCACUACAUCGACCUGAAGGACCGUCCCUUCUUUGCUGGCCUCGUGAAAUACAUGCAUUCAGGACCAGUGGUUGCUAUGGUCUGGGAGGGGCUGAAUGUUGUGAAGACAGGCCGGGUGAUGCUGGGAGAGACCAACCCUGCAGACUCUAAACCUGGGACCAUUCGAGGAGACUUUUGCAUCCAAGUUGGCAGGAACAUCAUUCAUGGCAGCGAUUCUGUGGAGAGUGCAGAGAAGGAGAUCAGCUUGUGGUUUCAGCCUGAGGAGCUGGUGGAUUACAAGAGCUGUGCACAAAACUGGAUCUAUGAGUGACAGAAGGCACCUGCUUUUCCUCUCUACUUACCCCUGUUCUCACAGGCAAGGGACCAGCAACUCUAGACAUUUCUGGAACUUCCUUUGUCCUGGAAGGAGUCUCUGGGAGCUGUGACUCCCUGUGCAGUGUUAAGUGUGUGCCACUGGUGGAUUAAAGUGUUUUAUCUCCAGU